CAGAAUACUCCCGGGAGUUAAGGGGAGUCUCUGAAUGUCGGGAUUUUCCUGUCUCUGCUUGUGAUAUGGGGAGGGUUCAGGUUCUUGCCUAAAAGGGAUGAAGUGCUCCUGUCCUGGGCCGCAGCAGCCAGCUUCUCCUUGUGCCAGGCAUCUUCCAUCUGCUUCUAGAACAAGGCAUGGAGCCAACUGACUUCUGAGCGACUCCUCAGGCUUCGCGACCUCACUGACUUGGAAGAUUUUGAGGCAUCCGGAAAUUCUGUGGGACCCUUCUUUUGGUCCUUGUGUGGAGUCCUGCCGGGUGUCCACUAGAGUGUGUUACAUCCCGGGACCUUUAGAGGAAUCUAAAGUGUGGCGGGGCUGUGGCUGCUGUCUACCCAUUGAGAGGCCACUUGCUAGUAGCUACGGAACUGCUUCGCUGUCUCUCCUGUUCCAGGAACACCUCCGUCUAGGAAGCAGAAGAUGCCGUAUUCCAACCUGCAUCCAGCCAUCCCACGGCCCAGAGGUCACCGCUCCAAACAAGCAGCCUUGGUCUUGCUGGUGGCCAGCCUGAUGUUCCUUUGGGUGGCAGGGGAUCCAAUUCACACUGUGCAGCAUCUAGUACAUUACCUAGCCUCGGAGCAACUUGGACUGCUGCUGAAAAAACUCUGCUGUCUGGCUGAAGAGCUGCGCCAUGUUCAGUCCAGGUACCACGGCAGCUACUGGAAGGCUAUGCGCGCCUGCCUGGGCUGCCCCAACCGCAGUAUGGCCUUGUUCCUACUGUCGUCUUAUUUCUACUGCUUCCCCUUAAAUCCUACUGAACUGCACCUCAGCUGGGUACUUGGCCUCCUGGUCCUCUCAAAGUCCCUAUGCAUGCUCCUGGACCUUCAGAGCUUGGCCCCAGCGGAAGUCUCUGCGGUCUGUGAAAAAAAGAACUUGAAUGUCGCCCACGGGCUGGCCUGGUCAUACUACAUUGGGUACCUGCGGCUGAUCUUGCCAGGGCUCCAGGCCCGGAUCCGAAAGUUCAAUCAGCUACAUAAUAACAUGCUCUCGGGUGCAGGGAGCCGAAGACUGUAUAUCCUUUUUCCGUUGGACUGUGGGGUGCCUGAUGAUCUGAGUGUGGCUGACCCCAACAUUCGAUUCCGAGAUAUGUUGCCCCAGACAAACAUAGACCGUGCUGGCAUCAAGAAUCGUGUUUAUUCCAACAGUGUCUAUGAGCUUCUGGAGAAUGGGCAGCCGGCAGGCACCUGUAUCCUGGAGUAUGCCACCCCUUUGCAGACCCUAUUUGCCAUGUCACAGGAUAGCAAAGCUGGCUUCAGUCGGGAGGAUCGGCUUGAGCAGGCCAAACUCUUCUGCCGGACACUUGAGGAAAUCCUGGCAGAUGUCCCUGAGUCUCCAAACAACUGCCGUCUCAUUGUCUACCAAGAACCCACAGAGGGAAACAGUUUCUCGCUGUCUCAGGAGGUGCUCCGGCACAUUCGUCAGGAAGAAAAGGAGGAGGUUACCAUGAGUGCUCCCCCGACCUCAGUGGCACCUCGUUCCUCCGUACUGUCUCAAGAGCCGAGACUCCUCAUCAGUGGUAUGGAUCAGCCGCUCCCUCUCCGCACUGACCUCAUCUGAGGCAUGGGACAGCCUUGCCUGGGCUCUGCUGAUCCUUCAGCCUCCUGACUGAGCCUUCCUUCAAUGGCUGGGUGCAUCAUGGAGACGUCACAUCUCCAGAUGAGUUCCACAUCCCCGGGCAAGCCAUUUCACCUCUUUGAGCCUCAGCCGACUAUUGAAGGAGGUCAUACUAUUGAAGCCCACUAUUGAAGGAGGUCAUACUGCAUUCCCUGUCCACUCAUAGGGUUUGUGAAGAUUAUACAUGUAGAUGUUUGGUGUCAAUGCCUGGUAAACUUGAGAGAAAGGCCAAGUAUCUCCCAUGGAUGCUCCAGAUAUUCUUUGCUCUCCAUUGACCUGUGUGGAUGGUACCAGCAGACUCCAACCCUCCAGCUUCUGGUCAUGUAUGUUUAAUGGAACUUCAGUAGAUGGAGAGAGGGAAAAGGAACAUCUGUUCUGUAGCUGUAUGCAGUUACAGUGGGCUGCCCUGCCAGGCUGUCUUCUCAGUAAACAUAUUUA